GGAACCUCAGCUGACACUGUGACAGCUGUUGUAGGUGGAUGUCUGCGUAAAGCAGCAAACGCAAGACCGUGCAGGAUUUCCUUUGCCAAUCACAGUUUCACAAUGCGAGUCUUAUGUUCGUAUUAUUACUCCAGCUGUUUAUUUUAUUGGUAGAAGCUGCUGAAGGUUAAUUCCAGCACAUUUGUUGCAUCACUUGAAAUGCGGUUACAACUUCAUUUUUUUUAUUUGGACAGCAUGAAUGGAUUCAUUUCUCUCUUUGAGUGCUUUGUUUGGCUGGGCUGCAUGGAGUUUGAUGUCAUUGUUUAAUCUGGAAGCAUCCUUGUAAGCCUGACCUCUGUUCAUUUCUAUCUUUAGCAUUUGGCUGGUUUUAUCGAUAUGAGGGGAAACUGCCAUCAUUACGCAAGGUACUGUCAGCUGUGAAGGUUCAGUUUGCUGUGAUGUCUUCUUAUAGUGUUGGUUAGACGUUUAAAAUCAGGGCUUUUGCUUGUGGUUUGCUAGGGUUUUUUAUUCAUACACUGUGUGGCAUCACUAGGCUUUGCCUGCAGUGCUUUUGAGUUAGGAUUGGCAGAUUUGCCUUCCCCGUUCCUUUCUUGUAUUCUGACUAACUGGUGACAUGUCAGAAAGGAGACAAAAAGAAGAAAAAGAAGAAAGUGUCCAACACAGACACGCUGCAGGAGCAGAGAAAAAACAAGAAGGAGAUGGAGUUUGAGCUGAAACUCGCCAAAGAGAAGGAAGAGAUGCACGAGCGAGAGAAGCAACUAAAGAUCAGUCGGCUGGUUCAGGAGGUUUCAGAGACGGAGAGGGAAGACUUAGAGGAGUCAGAAAAGGUGCAGCACUGGGUGGAGCGUCUAUGUCAGACACGACUGGAGCAGAUCUCGUGUGUGGAGAAUGAAUCCCCCGAGCUCUCCCCGCCACGCUCCCCUGCUUCUGAGCCAAAAGUGAAGCGUUUUCCUGGUGGUCUUCACCUGGCCACCACUGAUCUGGACGACAUUAACCUGGACGAAGUGGAUCAGAGCUUGAGGGGCCCGCUAAAAAGACUAGCCCCUACCCAGCCCAGCACCAGCCAGCCACCACCUCCCUUACCUCUCCCUCCACGCUCGCCCAACCUGAAUCCAACUAUCCCUAACUAUCCCCCCUCUCCUUCUCAAGCAUCUCCACAGCGCCGGCCCCCUUCCCCACCUAAUGCUAGGAAACCUCCCUCUGCCCCAUCCACUUUGACGAAUAAGAGGCUGAGGCCUCAGCCGCACCCCCAACCUUCCUCUCAUUACCCGUCUGGUGUGUCGCGACCUCCAUCGUCCCCUCAACCUGCUCCCCGGCCCCCUCCGCCCCCACCCCCUCCUCCUCCGCCGCCCCCACCUCCUCCUCCACCGCCACCUCCACAGCACUCUGAAGAACGACUUGGCACCAUCAGAGGUUACCACCACCAUCAUCACCAGCAUCCCCCCAGUCCACAAGAACCCAGGAGCGAGUGGGAGGCAGGCAGAUAUCUCCCCAGAGGAGGGAUUUACUCGUCUAACACUAGUGAAAUGUCCUACCCCUCCAGUCCAAAGGUAAUGAGAAAUACAUCCCAUGCCAGUCGUGUUUCAACUUCAAGCAGCCCCCUGCAACUAGCUCCCAGUCCCCCCAACCAGAGGCGUCAGAUGGCCCCGGUCAUGUCUAAGCCUGUCAUGCUGCCCCAGUCACAGACCCACCGCCCAGAUCCACACAGACCUGCUCUACGAUCUGAUGGCCUGGGAUUUCAGAAACAUGUGGAUGACUUUGAUCCCUACUCUAUGUUCUCUGCGGACCAGAUAGCCGGCCGAGAUGUGAGGCAGCUGCGAAUCAAAAAGGAUGGAAACCUUGACCUGGCACUGGAGGGGGGAGCAGACUCUCCUUUGGGGAAGUUGGUGGUAUCUGCAGUGUAUGAGGGUGGUGCUGCUGAUAAGCACGGUGGGAUUGUAUCCGGAGAUGAACUCAUGGCUGUGAAUGGGAAGAUCCUGAUUGAUGCUACGCUGACUGAGGGGCAAAACUCUCUGACUCGAGCCUGGAACAGUGGAGGGGAUUGGAUCGAUGUGGUGAUCGCUGUGGCCCCCCCAAAAGACUACGAGGAUGAAGUGACGUUCUUUUGAUCCCAUCUACAACCUGCCAAGGAAACCAGACUAAUUUAAAAGCUUAUAAUUUUUGAUUCUUCCACGAUUCACCAAUCACAACACGACACAUCAACUUGCUUCACAUGGUCUUUUUGUCUUUACUUGGUUUUUCUUUUUUAAAUUGAGCCAUGCUGUCUAUAUGAGCUGUCACUGUCUUGGCUUGGUAAAGGAUGGUCCAGUCAAUAUGCAGUUGUCACCACCAAUCUUCAUCGCCUCUUCUAAUUGGACACACCUGAGCUUUCCUUUCAUCUGUCACUAUAAGAAAGGGAAAAUAAGACAAAGUGUAAUCAAUAGCUCCUCCAAAGGACAUGAAAUGAGGUUGUGUUGUGCAUGUUGAUUUUUCUGCUCCAUGUUUUCCUUUUUAAACACUGUUUCUAAGUUAGUGAUGCAAAAAAAUAUGUAUGUAAAAAUAAAAAAUAAUUAUGCAAGUGUGUGCCUAUGCCUUUUCAUUAUACACCGUAUAUUUUUAUGAUUUAUUUUAAGCCUAAUUGAUCCAUAUUCUUUCCUGCUUAUCCAGUA